AUGACAAGAAAGACAGCGACAAGAAAGCAGACAAGAAAGAGACAAGAAGACGACAAGAAAGAUGACAAGAAGUGCGACAAGAAAGGAGACAAGAAAGAUGACAAGAAAGACGAAAAGAAAGGUGACAAGAAAGGAGACAAGAAAGAUGACAAGAAAGAUGACAAGAAAGGAGACAAGAAAGAUGACAAGAAAGAUGACAAGAAAGGAGACAAGAAAGGAGACAAGAAAGGCGACAAGAAAGGUGACAAGAAAGGUGACAAGAAAGGUGACAAGAAAGAUGACAAGAAAGGAGACAAGACAGGAGACAAGAAAGGCGACAAGAAAGACGACAAGAAAGGAGACAAGAAAGGUGACAAGAAAGGAGACAAGAAAGGUGACAAGAAAGGAGACAAGAUAGACGACAAGAAAGGAGACAAGAUAGACGACAAGAAAGGUGACAAGAAAGGUGACAAGAAAGAUGACAAGAAAGAUGACAAGAAAGGAGACAAGAAAGAUGACAAGAAAGGUGAUAAGAAAGAUGACAAGAAAGAUGACAAGAAAGACGACAAGAAAGGUGACAAGAAAGGUGACAAGAAAGGUGAUAAGAAAGGUGACAAGAAAGGAGACAAGAAAGGAGACAAGAAAGGAGACAAGAAAGGCGACAAGAAAGGUGACAAGAAAGGUGACAAGAAAGGUGACAAGAAAGGAGACAAGAUAGACGACAAGAAAGGUGACAAGAAAGGCGACAAGAAAGGCGACAAGAAAGGCGACAAGAAAGGAGACAAGAAAGGCGACAAGAAAGGCGACAAGAAAGACGACAAGAAAGGAGACAAGAAAGGUGACAAGAAAGGAGACAAGAAAGGAGACAAGAAAGGCGACAAGAAAGGUGACAAGAAAGGCGACAAGAAAGGCGACAAGAAAGGAGACAAGAAAGGCGACAAGAAAGGCGACAAGAAAGGAGACAAGAAAGGAGACAAGAAAGGUGACAAGAAAGGAGACAAGAAAGGUGACAAGAAAGGAGACAAGAUAGACGACAAGAAAGGUGACAAGAAAGGGGACAAGAAAGGUGACAAGAAAGGUGACAAGAAAGGAGACAAGAAAGGAGACAAGAAAGGAGACAAGACAGGUGAAAAGAAAGGCGACAAGAAAGGAGACAAGAAAGGAGACAAGAAAGGCGACAAGAAAGGCGACAAGAAAGACGACAAGAAAGACGACAAGAAAGGGACAAGAAAGGCGACAAGAAAGAUGAGCCAGUCUGUAGGAUUCAGUGAGACCAAAGGUGUGUCAGAGUUUUAA